ACACACACACACACACACACACACACACACACACACACACACACACACACACACACACACACACACGGAGACGAACGAUAUGAUUCACCUUUAGACUAAAAGCAGCACUUCCCCGGAGAGAGGACGGCUACGGGAGGGAAAACUGGAAUACUUCCAGCAGCUGCUGAAUCCACACACUGAACCAGAGUUUUACCAGAAAUCAGAGAGGAAGUAACUUCCAGGAACAGGGAGCGGCUGCUGCUGUGUGCUCUGCUUCUCUCGGAAUAAAUGGCUUCCAGGUUAGAGGAAGAUUUCUGCUGCUCUGUCUGCCAUGGAGUCUUCAGAGAUCCUGUCGUCCUGUCCUGCAGCCACAGCUUCUGUAGAGACUGUCUGCAGGGCUGGUGGAGACAGACACCAUUACAAGAGUGUCCACUUUGUAAGAGGAGAUCUUCAAGGUCAGAGCCCCCUUUAAACCUGGUGUUAAAGAACCUGUGUGAGACUUUCCUACAGGAGAGAGGUCAGGGAUCUUCAGAGGCUCUCUGCAGUCUGCACUCUGAGAGACUCAGACUCUUCUGUCUGGACCAUCAGCAGCCAGUGUGUGUCGUCUGCAGAGAUUCAAGAACACACACCAACCACAGAUUCAGACCCGUGGAUGAAGCUGCUCAGGAUCUCAAAGAGGAGCUCCAGAAGUCUCUGCAGCCCUUACAGGAGAAACUGAAGCUCUUUGAAGAAGUUAAAGUGAAGUUUGAUCAGACAGCAGGACACAUGGAGGCCCAGGCCCGACGCACAGAGCUGCAGAUUAAGGAGCAGUUUAAGAAGCUUCACCAGUUUCUAGAAGAGGAAGAGGAGGCCAGGAUGGCUGCACUGAGGGAGGAAGAGGAGCAGAAGAGGAGGAUGAUCGAGGAGAAGAUGGAGGCUGUGAGCAGAGAGAUGGCAGCUCUUUCACUCACAGUCAGAGCCACAGAGGAGGAGCUGAGAGCUGAAGACGUCUCCUUCCUGCACAACUACAAGGCAGCAAUGGAGAGGCUGCAGCGCCCCCUGCUGGAGGAUCCACAGCUGCCCUCAGGGGCUCUGAUAGACCAGGCCAAACACCUGGGCAACCUCAGCUUCAACAUCUGGAGCAAGAUGGAGGACAUGGUGUCCUACUCUCCUCUCAUCCUGGACCCAAACACUGCUCAUCCAAACCUGAUCCUGUCUGAAGAUCUGACCAGAGUGAGACGAGGAGGAGAGAGACAGGAACUUCCUGAUAAUCCAGAGAGGAUUGAAUAUUGCUCUGUCCUGGGCUCUGAGGGCUUUAACUCAGGGACUCACAGCUGGGACGUCCAGAAGAAGCUCCAGAGGGUCAGAGUGAAUCUGGACUGGGACAGAGGAAAGCUGUCGUUCUCUGAUCCUGACACUAACACACACAUACACACCUUCACACACACUUUCACUGAGAGGAUGUUUCCAUACAUUUACACUGAUGAUGAACUGCAGGUUCUACCAGUGAAGGUCUCUGUGAGGGUAGGACAACAGCAAUAGAAAAGCACCAAACAGUAUGUCAUUGUUGACGGCUGUGUAAUUAAUAAUGUAAGGUCGGUUUUUCAAAGAGUAUCUUCUGAAUGAAGAAACGUUUAAAACUGGGCAAUAAAGGACCUCAACACUCACUGUUAGGAGGCGGUGGCGCAGUGGAAUAGCGCUGGUUCGCAGUCAGCUCGUCCCUGGGCAAGACACUUCACCCCAAAUUGCUCCUGUUGAGAUUGUCGACGGUAUGGAAUGUAUGUUAGUCGCUUUGGAUAGAAGCGAAUAGUUAUUACUUUCAUCAUAAAUACUUUAUCUUUUCAUUUAAUUUAAUUGUUGGGUUUGGUUUCUUCAAAAAGUAAAAAAUAAAUACAUUUCUAUUCUUA